GGAUACAGUGAGUCCAGAUUGUACCACUGUACUCCAGCCUGGGCAACCAAGUGAGACCCUGUCUCAGGAAACAAAAAGUUACAGGUUGAUUUCUAUUUCAUGUACAAAGUCUGGAAGCGGAGGGAAUGGCAACUCCACGGUCAUUUGCAUCUUUGGGUUCUCUUAUCUGUAUGCUCUACUUCAUGUGUCCGCUGUUCUCAUUGUGCCCUCACAAUCCAAGAUUGUCACUGGAGCUACAUUAAAUCUCUGUUACAGCCUAGAAAAGAAGUAGGAAAGGCAGAAGAGCAAAAAGGGGCCCUUCUCAGAGUCAGUUCCCUUUAAGCAUCUUUCAGUUACAUCUCAUUUUGAAGAACUAAGUCACAGGACAACACUUAACUCCAAGAAAAGCUGGUAAAUCUUUUAUUCCAGGUGGCAUAAAAUAUGACAGUAAUCUUUCAGUUGGGGAAAAUAACUUUUCCAGCUUACUCAGAGUUGUUCAGUCAUUCACUAUUAUGUUAAAAGGUACAAUUUGGGGUAAUUUCCAAAGGUAGAUGGGAAGAAUGAUCUUGAACAAGGUAAUGAGCGUUCUUAGUCUUGGGCUCUGAGGACACCGGGACAUGGCCCUGGUUUGUUUUCAGUAGUGUAUUUCAUUCAAAAUAAAACCAAUAGUGUUACAGUCAUGAUAGUAAUAACUUCAUAAUAGAUGUGAUCAUGAUUCCCAGUAUGAAAUCAUCAGCUCUUUGUUUUGAACAAUAGCACCAUUGAAUGUUUGGAAUUAUUUGAAGGUUUAGAUUGAGUUUAAGUGCUUCACGUAACAGAUUGUCUUUUUAGUUUGAUUUUCCAUCGCUGUAAUUUUUAUUUUUAAUAUCCAUGUAUAUAGCCUUUGGCUUUCCAAUCUUUUCUUUAUCAAAUUCCUUCAAUUAUACAGAGUUCAGUUUCUUGUGGAUAUUGUCUGAAGAGGCAAGAGCUUUUGGCAGAAUGGGUCUGAUGCGACUUGUUGGUCUUCCUCAAGGACUGCAUCUUUGGAAGUCUUUUGGCUCCCACAGAAAGCCAAGGAUCCUGUAUCUCUGCCUCCUUGCCACAAUGGAUAAAACCAUGAUUGCUGAGAUUUAUGACAUUAUAAACUUUAGGGAGAAGCUUUAACUUGUCAACAAUAAACCAUAAUAACAGUGUUCGACUGUAUAAAGUUAGGGUUAUUUUGACUACAUACUAAUUUAAUGUGCUAAAAAUAUUUCUCUCAGUUGGGGAAAAUAACUUUUUCUAAAGAAAGGAAAAGAAACCAGUAGUCAUGUUGGGUAUGCAUGGUUUUGUGAGUGGGCAUGUGUUUUAGGAAUCUGAAUUUGAUUUUGGAGUUAGAAGUUGUGAAUUCUAAGUUGAGUACUGCCAUUGAUAUUCUGAGACCAAGGACCUCAGUCUUCUGUCAAAAUUUAGCCCAUUCAUAACUUUCAGCAUUUAACUAUGAGUGUUUCCUUUUUACAGAGAUUUUUUUUCUGUCUAUUAUAAGGAUUGUAGACAUUUAUGAUCUAAUAAGAAUUGAACUGAAAAAGAAGUGCUUAAAAAGCUACUUAUAGCAGCCAAAUAUUUAUCAUUAGAAUGGGAUAUUAGAGCCAGAUUUGAAAGAAAUGAAAUGAAACCAUUACAGUAAGUUACACUCCUUAAAUGAUGCUCUUGUAUUAGAGGUCAAAGUAUCUGCCUUAUAGUCCCAAGAUAAAGCCACAUGCCCCAGACUUUAUUAUCCUUGUCUUAUUUGAGUUAGCCUAGAAAACAGACGGAAGAAAUUCAGCCACUUGCUCAUAAAACAGAUGUUGGAAUAUAGCAGAUUUUCUUUAAAGAGGGAAACAAGAGCAAGGGGAAUGAAGACAGUUCUUUGGUACAAACAUUUUGUUGUAAUCUCUUAUUCUUAUUUUAAUCUUAUAGAAAAUGUCUGAAUGUAUCCAGAUCUCAUUUGCUGUUUGUAGAAUUGGGAUUUACACGUGUUUUAGAGCACUUUGCUGCAAGGGACCACCACCUGCACGACCAGAAUAUGACCUGGUUUGCAUAGGCCUCACAGGCUCUGGCAAAACCAGUCUGUUAUCCAAACUCUGCAGUGAAAGCCCCGAGAACGUCGUGUCGACCACAGGUUUUAGUAUUAAAGCAGUGCCAUUCCAGAAUGCCAUCUUGAAUGUAAAAGAACUUGGAGGGGCUGAUAAUAUCCGGAAAUACUGGAGCCGCUACUACCAAGGAUCUCAAGGGGUAAUAUUUGUAUUAGACAGUGCCUCUUCAGAGGAUGAUUUAGAAGCUGCUAGAAAUGAGCUGCACUCAGCUCUUCAGCAUCCACAGUUAUGCACUUUACCCUUUUUAAUAUUGGCCAAUCAUCAAGACAAGCCAGCAGCUCGCUCAGUACAAGAGAUCAAAAAAUAUUUUGAACUUGAACCACUUGCACGUGGAAAACGCUGGAUUCUACAGCCCUGCUCACUGGACGACAUGGAUGCACUGAAAGACAGCUUCUCUCAGCUGAUUAAUUUGUUAGAAGAAAAAGACCAUGAAGCUAUAAGAAUGUGAAAUCUGACAAAGAAAACAGGCUCCCAAAGGCCUUGAACCUACCAUGUUAGUUUCUCAUUUUAAUUUUAUUUUGGUAUCAAGACUAUAUUGGCUUCAGUAUCUAUUUUUCUCUGGUCAUUUCAGACUCUCAUCUCUCUAUUAAAGUGAAUAUUCUGUAGAUCAGAUGAAUUAUCAUCGGCAUUAACGUCAAGUACACACUACUGAGAGAGAAUUUAUUCUCUGUUUACCACUAAUUAUCUUCACCGCAUGUCUCUUCCUUCUGUUGUUCUAAGCAUCUCUUCUAUACUCUAUGCUAAAACGGAUGGAAUUCAUGGCUUAUGGAAAUCAAAUCCCUUUUGAAGAACUCAAAAAGACUCACAAGACCUUGAUCAUUUUCUCUGGGUUUGGGAGUGGAGUAUUAUGUGACUGGGACUCCACAAAAUAUGUAUAUUAUUUUCAAGAUCUCUUGGGGGUUUUGUUUUAUUUUAUCUUACUUUUAUUAUUAUCAUUAUUAUUUUUUGUAUACGGAACUUCUUAUAGACUAUGAGAGAAAAGUGAGCAUCAAAAACUUAAUUAAUCCCCUUAUCAGGAAGAAAUAUCCUGCCAUAGUAAAAUUAGCUCUGAAGAGCUUAAAGACAAGUUGCAUAAUGUUUUCUUGAUUAUAUCUGAAGUCUCCUCUCUUUUAAGAGCAAAGACAUUGUUUCAGUUUCUGAGAGCAGUUAGAGGAAACUUAGGUACAAUGCAUGCAUCACAGACUGCAUUUGACUGAGUCGAGUCUUCAAAUAUUUUUUAAUGGAAAGAUGAGCCUGCAUAAAGUCAAGCUGCAAUGUAACAUAGAUAUCUUUUUCUAAAAACUUCAAGUGUUUGAUUAAAAUAGAGAAAAUAAUUUUUAAAAUGAUAGAUAAAAAUUUUAAAAACAGCCAGAAAAAGUAUAAUUUAUACUGGUUAGGGUUUAAGCUGGCAUGGAUUUGACAAAGAUAACAAAGACAGAAUCAUCUAUAUAUUCAUUCAUUAUAUGCUACUAUAGUUUAUUGGAGUCUGUUAAUGCCUUCUAGUAGUUAAAGGUUUAUCAGUAUUUCUAUUAUAAACCUCUAUUUUCAGGGGUUUCAAUGUGCCCUUAAAAUUGUGCUGGGGCUGCAGCAAGUAGGACUCAGAUUCAGUCUUUGGAACUAGCUUUUUUCCAUUUAAUUUAAAUUAUAAAAUUUGCAUAGGGAUAAAUGUACAGUUUUGCUAAGGUUUAGCACCUUUGAUCUUUUCUAAAUCAGGAAAAAAUAUAUGCAUAUUGAGGUUCAUAGAUGAAAUAUUCUUUGGCAUACUUUGUAGACUUUGACCACUUAAAAUACUAAGUGGCCAAAUGAUUAAAAAAAAAAAAAAAAAAAAACUGCUCCCUACACGAGUGAUAAAAACAUGUUUGUAACUUUUAAGUAAAAUAGACUGAUACCCAAAUACCACAGAUUCACACUAUAUUAUAGAAUGACAUAAUACCUGGUAAUUCUCCAAAAGAUAGACUUCAGACCCUUAAUGCCAUUUAAAUACAGUUUUUGUGGUUUAAUCUUGUGAGUAGAUUGUAAUGAAAUCAUUACCUUUGAAACAUCAAACACUUCUUUAAGCUUUUUUUUUUUUAAUGCCAUGAAUCAGGAAGGAUCCAUAGUGAUUCAUAUACAAUUUUGUCUGCAGCAUCCUUGAAUAUUUUUAACACUGUGUAAUCCGUGAGCAGCACAAAACUUUUAUUGAUGACCAGUUACACAAUUCCUGUUUUUAUUUUGUCCUGUUGUGCUCACCUUCUAUGAGAAAUAAAUGAUUAUUAGGCCUUGCUUUCCCUGCAAGUUCAUUAAAUGUAGAAUGUUGUCUUUUUAAGGCACCGUGGCUGAGUGCUCCUAAGCCAUCUGUUAAAUGACUUCCCGUGGUCUGUGUGUGUGUGUGUUCAUGUGUGCGCCAGUGAUGGGCCUCUCCUCAGACCCACGACUGUCUGCAGCGUCUCAGCCGUCAGAAUGAAAACAUUAUCAAUCAGUACCCAACAACAGCUGUUUUUGACAAGUUUCUGUCUGACGCCUAAUGCUUUACAACUGUCAAUAAGGCUCCCUCUUUGUCUAGCAGGUCGGAGCUCGCCGUCUUGCUGCUUCCGCGAGGCAUCCUGUCCUUGUAACCCUAGAAUUUGCCAUGUUUUGGAAAUCCACGUGGGGGUGGGGUGGGGCCUGAAAGGGUGGGGAUGGGUGGGUGGGUGGUGGGGGGGGAUGGGAUGGCUGGGAGUGGGAGUGUAAGUCCUAUUCCUACUUUCAUGUAAAGUGCCACAGGUGUCUUGGUUUGCAUAUUCAAAUAUUAUGCAGGAAAAACAGUCUUAUGUAUUUCUUCACCUAGCUUCUUGUUACAUUUAUGGACGUUUCCAGUUUUUGUACCUUCUUAGCUAAAGUAGUUGCCUUUUUGUAAUGGCAAUUAAUUUAUAUGGUAAAACUUUGUAUCCACUGUAGUUGACAGUAUUGGUUGCUAAUUAACUGCCAUAUUGCCCUGUCUUUCAAUUAAAAAAUACUGUACCUGUACUUAAAGGCUAACAGAUUCAUGUGGACAUUUACCAGGCAAGACCAGCUUGUAUUGUCCAUGAUUUCUAUGAUUUCCACUAUCUUCAAAUGAAAAAUAAACGCUGAGUAGAAUUGA